AUGAACAAUAUAGACGACAUUUUACAAGCCAUCUUUAUUGGCUUGGUUGUUGCUACUUUCCUUCUGAACACUGGUCGUGCUCUAAAAGGCAUUGAGGUCUGCAAGGAAUGUUUGAUCUUCCUAAAUAAGAAAGUGCUAAAAACGAAAGCAGAAAUGUUCAAUUCACUCCAUAUCCGUAUCUAUAUAACAAUCUUCAGGGCGUACUGUCUUAUCCCUGAUCAUAAAAAAGCACUAAUCUACGGCAGAAAACUUCUUGACAUUUUCCGCAAGCGUGGUAAUAAAGAUGAGGAAGGGAUUCUCACGGUAAAACUGGCCGACAUGUAUCGACAGCAGUGUAAAUACCUAAAAGCAAGAGAACUUUAUGAGAAAGCAAUUAAUAUCACAAAAGAAAUUGGAGACAAAAAGAAUGAGGCAUACACUGAUGAAGAGGGAGAAGCCAACUCUUACGGAAACUUAGGAAAAGUGUUUACAUCUCUUGGUGAUUAUGACAAGGCUAAAGAAUAUCUUGAGAAAGCACUUGCCAUCAGAAUACAAAUUGCUGACAAAGAGGGAGAAGCCAACUCGUACGGAAACUUAGGACCUGUGUUUACAUCUCUUGGUGAAUAUGACAAAGCUAAAAAAUAUCUUGAGAAGGCACUUGUCAUCAACAUACAAAUUGGUGACAAACAGGGAGAAGCCAGCUCGUACGGAAACUUAGGAACUGUGUUUACAUCUCUUGUUGAAUAUGACAAUGCUAAAGAAUAUCUUGAGAAAGGAGAAGCAACUGAUUACGGAAACUUAGGAACUGUGUUUACAUGUCUUGCUGAAUAUGACAAGGCUAAAGAAUAUCUUGAGAAAGCACUUGCCAUCGAAAUACGAAUUGGUGACAAACAGGGAGAAGCCAGCUCGUACGGAAACUUAGGAAGUGUGUUUACAUCUCUUGGUGAAUAUGACAAGGCUAAAGAAUAUCUUGAAAAAUCACUUGCCAUCAGCAUACGAAUUGGUCACAAAGAGGGAGAAGCAGCAGUUUACGGAAACUUAGGAACUCUGUUUGCAUUUCUUGGUGAAUAUAUCAUGGCUGAAGAUUAUAUUCAGAGCGCAUUGUCAAUUACCCGAGACAUUGAGGACUUAGAGAAAGAGUUUAAAAUUCUUUGUCUUCUUACAGUGGUGAAGUUAUUCCAAAACAAGAUCCAGGAAGCGUUUGACUGUCUGUUUCUGGGUAUGAAAAACAGCGAAUGUUUACGAAGAUUUUUAGGGGACAAUGACGAUUUUAAGGUAUUGUCUUCAGAUGUUCACGAUUUUCCCUACCGGAAUCUUAGUGCAUUCCUUUGUUUUGGGGAAAAUCCGAACCAUGCCCUCUAUGUUUUAGAGCUGGCACGGGCUAGAGCAUUAGCAGACUUGAUGGCAUCUCAGUACUCUGUUGAAAGCCACAUAUCAGCUGAUCCCCAAUCGUGGAUUGGUAUUGAAAAUAUUAUGAAAAAAGAAAGCAACUCUUCUUGUCUGUACAUUUCUUAUUAUGAUAACGAUCUGUUUUUCUGGGUUCUCAAGACAAGUGGAAUCAUUCAUUUCCGAAGAAUGAGAGUAGGUGAGAAACUAGUUGGUACCGAACUAGGUGGCAAGUUAGAUGAUUUCUUCGCUACAAGCUUUCGAAGCUUUGGUAUUGUACCCGAGGAAGAUUGUGAAGAUCGAUCUUUAAAUGACGUUCAGAGCGUCGCAGCAUUGAGACUUAUAGAGGAAGAAGAUGAAGAAAGUGGAAACUCCGAAUCGAGCGUUUCUUUGUACUACAGAAUGUUAAUCAUUCCGGUAGCUGAUCUACUUGAGGAGCCCGAGCUCAUUGUUGUUCCUGAUCGCUGCUUAAACCGAGUUCCAUUUCCAGCGUUAGCGGAUGAAGGCGGGAAGUAUUUAUCAGAAAAUUUCAGAAUCCGCAUCGUUCCUUCUUUGACGACUCUGAAGCUCAUUCAGAACAGUCCAGCAGACUAUCACAGUCAGACUGGUGCUCUAAUAGUGGGGGAUCCGGCUGUCGGUAUGGUGCGUUACAAAGGAAUGGAAAUGCUCUUUUCUAGGUUACCCGGUGCAGCAAGCGAAGCAGCCAUGAUUGGACGACGCCUAGGUGUUGAACCUUUGUUAGGAGAGAAGGCCACUAAGCAGGCGGUACUUGACAGAUUACAUUCAGUGAGUCUGAUACAUUUUGCAGCCCAUGGUAAUGCUGAAAGAGGAGAAAUUGCCCUUUCUCCGGUACGGCGUUCUAACAGGACUCCAGAAGAAGAAGAUUACCUUUUGAGGAUGUUUGACAUUGCAAAAGUUCAACUGCGAACUAAACUGGUGGUACUAAGCUGCUGUCAUAGUGCAUGUGGGCAGAUUCGAGCCGAAGGAGUCGUUGGGAUUGCUCGAGCGUUCUUAGGAUCCGGUGCACGGUCUGUUUUGGUGGCUCUCUGGGCCAUAAGUGACAAAGCAACAGAGCAGCUGAUGCGUCAUUUCUACGAGCAUCUUGUUCGUGGCGAGAGUGCCAGUGAAUCUCUUCACCAGGCCAUGAAGUGGAUGAGAGGUAACGGCUUUAAUAAAGUUGACGACUGGGCACCAUUUAUGCUGAUUGGAGAUAAUGUGACUUUUGACUUUGGAAAAGCUUGCUUUGCACCAGCGUCAUACCCAGGGUCUGACAUUGAAAUUGAAGAUGGCGCUCAGCCGUUCCCCGAAUACAGCCACAGUUUGAAUCAAAAGGACGAUUUAAUUUUUGCAAGGAGUAACUCCGUGACAAGACUGAAACUGGUGGUACUUAGCUGCUGUCAUAGUGCAUGUGGGCAGAUUAGAGCCGAAGGAGUCGUUGGGAUUGCUCGAGCGUUCUUAGGAUCCGGUGCACGGUCUGUUUUGGUGGCUCUCUGGGCCAUAAGUGACAAAGCAACAGAGCAGCUGAUGCGUCAUUUCUACGAGCAUCUUGUUCGUGGCGAGAGUGCCAGUGAAUCUCUUCACCAGGCCAUGAAGUGGAUGAGAGGUAACGGCUUUAAUAAAGUUGACGACUGGGCACCAUUUAUGCUGAUUGGAGAUAAUGUGACUUUUGACUUUGGAAAAUAAGAGCUUGCUUUGCACCAGCGUCAUACCCAGGGUCUGACAUUGAAAUUGAAGAUGGCGCUCAGCCGUUCCCCGAAUACAGCCACAGUUUGAAUCAAAAGGACGAUUUAAUUUUUGCAAGGAGUAACUCCGUGACAAGACUGGUUAAUGAGAAACGAAAGUAGUAGUAAAUGAUCAGUGAGUAGUCAAUAUUCAGUAACGAGUACUCAAGAUAUACUUCCUCCUCAGGAGGGUUACCCGUUCCCCUCCUAUCCUUUACCGGUUAGGUCAAAAACUCAGGCCCCGCCAGAUCUCGAGUUUGCUCAUGCUCGUUAAGUCCCAAUGUACCCCUGGUAGGGGUGAUGUCUACAAGCUCCCUGCCUUCAAAACAACUUGUUCUCUACCCAGGGUCACCCAAGAUUUCUCAUGUAAACGGUUCUCUGCUGUUUAGAAACUACCAAGGAAUUUUUUCCAUAUACAAAGGCUCUAAAUUUAUUUAGGACCAUCUGUCAAUGAUUUACGUGGCAGAAGCAUGGCAGUAGAAGUUAGAGGGAGCUUAAAAUAAACUAUCGUCGAGUACAAUUAUGGCAAACUUCUUCGCGCCGGCUGAUCAUGUAAAUGGCAGUUGAUGAUAAUUAGGGAAACCAAUUUUUUUCUCGAAGUUUCAUCGGCUAUGAUGCCCUUAACGGCCAGGGCACAGAGCUUUGACCUCAGGUUUUAAGUGUUUAAGUAGCUUUAAGUGCAAGUUCAGGUUCUCACAAUUGUUUCAAUUACAAUAAUUUGUCGCAUUAAAUAACAAACAAACAGAAAAACAAACAAAACAAAAAGAAGUCUGUAGUGGUCAAGGAAGCGGACGCUUUCGAGUUGGCAACCAAACCAGUGAAAUCGGAUAAGUAGUAAGUUAGUCGAGUGGGUGAUAAGAAAUAACUUAUAAAUAAUACGUAACUAAAUAGAGGUGUAAAUAAAGUAGCUAAUGCGAGUGUUUUCAGUAUUAAUGUCUCGCUACCAAGUACCGGCAUUGUACAGAGCUCCUUUAAACUGAUUAAAAGACGUGCAUUUAAUAUCAAUUGAGUUUUUUUUUUGUAGAUUUACGGGGCAUUUCCUCUUUUUAGUGUCGUUCUUUAAUUUUGGCUUUUACCGACAGUCAAAUCAGGAAAGCUCAGGGCAAUGAAAGAGACUUUCGCCAAAGCGAAACUAAGAUCUUGAUAAGUUUUAAUUGUAACUUGAUGUUUUAGGACUCGAAACCAGAUGACAAUUA